CCUAAUGCUAUUAUUAUUCAAACACUUUCUUCCAAACAAUGUUAUGGCCAAAACAUCACCGUUUUUCCCUCCCGCUUCACUCCUCCUUGUCUCCGCCGUGAUCUUCCAGCUCUCAGCUGUGACUUCCGCCAUAUGUAUCAACUAUGGAACAUUAGGGAACCUUCCACCACCGCAACAAGUGGUAGAAUUCAUCAAAACAAAGACCAUUAUCGAUGCUGUCAAGAUCAUGAAUGCCAAUCCAGACAUCCUCCAGGCCCUAGCAGGAACUGGAAUCGACGUCACCAUUAUAGUCCCUAACAAUCGCAUCUCGGGGAUGGUCCAAGUUGAAGAUUCUCUUCAAUGGGUCGCUGCCAAUGUCUUGCCAUUUCACCAGCAGGCCAAGAUCAAAUACAUUUGUGUUGGGAACGAGAUUAUUCUCAGUAAUGAUGAUAACUUGAAGUCAAGUCUUUUACCGGCGAUGCAAAGUCUGAACGAUGCUUUGAAAGCUUCCGGUCUCAUGGAUAUAAAGGUGACAACUCCACAUGCGUUUACCGUAGACUUUAACAUAAAUGCACCAAGCAAGAGCAAAUUUACCGACGAUCAAAGGGACUUCUAUGCUAAUAUCUUGAUGUUCAAUCGUCAAAACAAGUCCCCGUUCAUGAUCAACCCUGACACUUAUUUCAUGACGGACGCGAGCAAUGUUACGCAAUAUUUGGUUCCGAUAGAUGCAACUUACUCAGCUAUGAAUGCUCUCGGCUAUGGAGACGUAGAUAUCGCCGUAGGGGAAACCGGUUGGCCUAGCUGCACGCCUCAAAACGCUGCAAACUACAAUCUCAAUAUCAUCAAGCGUGCGCAGAACAUAGGCACACCUCUUAUGCCCAACCGCCACAUCGACAUCUUCAUAUUCGCGUUGUUCAAUGAGGAUGGGGCUGUUCAAACCGGAUCGGUCUAUGAUGUUGGGGUCCUACGAGGAGGCAGUGGCACACAAAACAAUAAUGGGAUCCUAAUGCUAUUAUUAUUCAAACGCUUUCUUCGAAACAAAUUUAUGGCCAAAUCAUCACCGUUUUUCCCUCCCGCUUCACUCCUCCUUGUCUCCGCUGUGUUCUUCCAGCUCUCAGCUGUGACUUCCGCCAUAGGUAUCAACUAUGGAACAUUAGGGAACCUUCCACCACCGCAACAAGUGAUAGAAUUCAUCAAUACAAAGACCAUUAUCGACGCUGUCAAGAUCUUUGAUGCCAAUCCAGACAUCCUCCAAGCCCUAGCAGGAACUGGAAUCGACAUCACCAUUAUAGUCCCUAACGAUCGCAUCCUGGGGACGGUCCAAGUUGAAAAUUCUCUUCAAUGGGUAGCUUCCAAUGUCUUGCCAUUUCACCAGCAGGCCAAGAUCAAAUACAUUUGUGUUGGGAACGAGAUUAUUCUCAGUAAUGAUGAUAACUUGAAGUCAAGUCUUUUACCGGCGAUACAAAGUCUGAACGAUGCUUUGAAAGCUUCCGGUCUCAUGGAUAUGAUGGUGACAACUCCACAUGCGUUUACCGUAGACUUUAACAUAAAUGCACCAAGCAAGAGCAAAUUUACCGACGAUCAAAGGGACUUCUAUGCUAAUAUCUUGAUGUUCAAUCGUCAAAACAAGUCCCCAUUCAUGAUCAACCCUUACACUUAUUUCAUGACGGACGCGAGCAAUGUAAACUACGCAAUAUUUGGUUCGUCACUUGCUAUAACCGAUGCUAACUCAAACCACACAUACACCAACAUGUUCGACACAACAAUGGAUGCAACUUACUCAGCUAUAAAUGCUCUCGGCUAUGGAGACGUAGAUAUCGCCAUUGGGGAAACCGGUUGGCCUAGCGUUGGCGAGGCAUCAUGGUGCACACCUCAAAACGCUGCAAACUACAAUCUCAAUAUCAUCAAGCGUGCGCAGAACAUAUGCACGCCUCUUAUGCCCAACCGCCACAUCGGCAUCUUCAUAUUCGCACUGUUCAAUGAGGAUGGUAAACCCACUUUAUCUGGGAAAAACUGGGGGCUGUUCAGACCGGAUUUUAUGCCGGUCUAUGAUGUUGGGGUCCUACGAGGAGGCGGUGGUACACAAAGCAAUACUGGGAUGUAU